GCUGCGUACUAUUGUGAACCAUUUGUAUAGAGGGCGUUCACUUAUUCAGAUCUGUCCCGACUUGCAUAGCUGAUGUUUCAACGCUAGCGUUUCCAUUUAACGCGAUGACAAAUAAGCCCUACGGUGUGUGUGUUGAAAGUACGACCAUACCACAAUAUGCAUUGACUAUAACGCUGAAGGCGUCUGGAAAGAGCUGAAUGCAGUGCGCUCUGUCAACACUAUAUAAGGCAGAGCUAUUUGGUCAUUCUACAAUAUAUAAUACACCAGCCAACACUGUUACCGCCUUAGUCUGCUGAAAGCGUUCAAACUGACAACACGUCAAUUGAGUUGCGCCCUCUUCUUCUUUUGGCUAAUAGCGUUUUCAAGAUGGAUUCUCCAAAAGGGAACUUUACCUGUCCCGUAUGUGACCAAUCAUACCGGGACAGAUCCAACCUGGGGCGACAUAUGCGCACAAGUCACAGGGGAGACAGAUUCAUUUGCGAGAAGUGUACAAAAUCAUAUACAACUAAGUGGAAAUUAAAUCGCCACAAGUGUGCCUUCUCGCAGGGUGGAAUGCACGAAUACAGGUGUAGCAAAUGCUCUGAAACAUGUGCAUCUCCCCGUGAGUUGGCCGUGCAUUUCCGACUUCAUUCCGACAGGUCCACUACCACAGAGCCCCAACCGUCCACCUCCUCCUCGGGGCUGAGCGGCGCUGAAAUGAAGUCACCUGGAGCUUCUUCCCGCCAUGCGACUGAAGCCUUUUCAUGUCGCACCUGCCACCAACGUUUUCUGACCCGGUCGUCUCUCUACCGACACCAAAUGACAGAGGGACAUCGGGUCUUGCCGUCCCAGUCCGGCAGUGGCGACGGGAAGGAGAACAAGCUCCAGGAUCGUCCCUGGGGAGAGGAUCCGGCCCCUUGGGACGCGGAAAAUGGCCAGGUAGCGGAGCCCGGACUUCAGGAGGCCUAUGACCUGAACGCUCCGUUUAUCCUGGCCCCAGACCAUCACGGGGACGUGCUUUCGACAUUCAACGUUCCCGUGACCAAUGUCAUAUCUAUAGGUGAGUUGAUGGAACGUGCCAGGGAUAUUUAUCAAACUUUAAAUUAUAGUUUUAGAAUGAAUUUAGCGUUCGGUGUCAUCUUGCGUCAUGUGGAAACGGGGCGCUAUCGCUAUUUCCAUCCCUACGUUAAUGAUGCUGUGUUUUCAUCUCCCAUCUAUGUCACCGAGCGCAAGGGACUCGAGCGAUUGCGUCAAGCAGUAGAAAGCCUAGAUCUCCUCUCUCAUGUAUUGAAACAGCGUCCUGACACCAAAUGGAAAACGGUUUUGAUCACGAAUGUACAGUUUUACGUGUACAGAACAAAUUUUCCUCUCGGCCAUCCUCCCUCCCCACUCCCGGCCUAUAUUAAAAACCACAAGGCUAUCUAUUCUUUAGAUUGUAAUCACCAUGGUCAACUUUAUGAGGACCACUUGUGUGCUUUCCGCUGCUUGGCGCUACAUCGCAACCCUUCUGCACGGCGUUCUUUAGAAAAACCUGCUAGAGCUCUUUACUAUCAAUGGGUGGUAUACUCUCGGGGUAAACUUUUUCCUUCUCUGGACAAUGUUCGCCCCGAGGAGUACACCGGUCUUGACCCAGAUCAUUUUUCUCAUUUCGAAAGUUGCUUCGGUGUGAACCUGUCUGUGUAUACUCUCAACGAGAUAGGGAUAGCUCAACCCCUGUAUAAAUCUCGCGGCCGGUUUAACGAUGACAUCUUUCUAAACCGCUAUGAAUCCCAUCUGUCCCUCAUCACUGAUAUGAAAACAUAUUGUAAACGUUAUCAGUGCCUCACCUGUGAAAAACUCUUCCGUCACAAAGCUAAUUUUAAUCAACACCAACGCACGUGUACGGGUCAAACGACCUUGUCCUUUCCCGGUGGUUUCCACCGGCGUACCAAAAGUGUCUUUGACGAGUUGGAAGAGUACGGUUUAUCUGUCGAGUCCGGAGAGAGAUUUUUUCCGUGGUUUAUCGUGUUCGACUUUGAAUGUUUGCUCCAGCCCAUCGACCAGGGCACCGAGAAACUGAGGUGGAUGCAGGAACACAGGCCCAUUUCUGUGAGUGUGUGUUCCAACGUGGAGGGGUUUACCUCUCCUCACUGCAUCGUCAAUGCCGAUCAAGAAGUAUUGAUCGGCGACAUGAUAGACUACAUGUCUCAGAUCGCCUCCAGAGUCAACGAACUCGCCACGGAAAAAUGGAGUUUUCAGCUGGGCUACCUCAGAACUCGACUGGCUAAUUUGCCGGAGUCUGGAGAUGAGGAGAAGAAAGAGGGUGCUCCGGAUAACCCUCUUUCACAGCUUUGUAAGCAACUCUCCAGUUUGUACGGGAAACUUUAUGGGUACUGUUGUCAAGUCCCCGUACUGGGUUUCAACUCAGCUCGUUACGACUUGAAUGUGAUCAAGGAAAAGCUACCCAAACAUCUCUCUCUCGACGAUGCGGAAUCUUGCGGGUUCACCGUCAAGAAAAACAAUGGUUACUUGUGUCAAAGUAACGAGAGUUUUAAAUUUCUUGACGUCACGCAAUAUCUCUCUCCCGGAACGAGUUAUGCUCAGUUUCUGAAAGCAUUCGGAGUUCAAGAGAAAAAGGGAUUUUUCCCGUACGAGUAUCUUGACAAGGUCGACAAGCUGGAAGAAACACGGCUUCCACCUUUGGGCGAGGCUUGGCAUUCCAGUCUCAAACAGAAAUCUGUCCUCGACGACGGCUUGAAAUCAGUCGAGGACAAUUAUACCGACCUCGAGGAAGUCUGGAGACGGGAAGGGAUGUCCACGUUUCGAGAUUUCCUCGAGUGGUAUAACAAUUUAGAUGUAGGCCCAUUUGUCGAAGCCGUUCGAGCCAUGCAACGGUUUUAUUUCGAGGACGGUAUAGACCUCUUUAAAACCACCAUGUCGGUACCCGGUGUGGCCCGGCAAAAACUGUUCCGGGAGAGCGAGAGAGAGGGGGUCACCUUUGCUCUGUUCGAUAAACAGAACAAAGAUCUGUAUCACACUAUCAAACAAAAUGUGGUCGGUGGCCCCUCUAUAAUAUUCACAAGAUUCCACAAAGCAGGGCAGACGUGCAUCCGCAGUGAUCCGGCUAAACCCUGUCGUCGCAUCGUAGGCUACGACGCGAAUGCCUUGUAUCUGUGGGCCAUCGAUCAAGACAUGCCCACAGGUCCAUUCAUACGGCGUCGGGUAGAUAAUCAAUUUAAACCCGAGACGAGGGACAGGUACAUGUCCAUGUACUAUUGGAUGGAUUGGCUUAGGGAUUCAGAAGGUUUAGAUAUCAAGCACAAGUUAAACUGGGGUCGAGAAAAAAGGAUCGGUCCGUACUUGGUGGAUGGAUUUAUUCCAGACACCAAGAAAAUCCUGGAAUAUAACGGAUGUUAUUUUCACGGCCAUCCUUGUUUUCUCACCGAAAAGGCUAGGGCAGAUCCUAAACUGAAAGAUCUCUUGGAAAAGCGGUGCAAGAACACACUGUUGCGUGCGGAAUUUAUCCGAAGUCAAGGCUACGAACUCGUAGAAAUGCGUGAAUGCGAGUUCCUCGCCCAGUUGCGCAACAAUCGUGAUCUCGCUCGUUACAUCCACGCCAAACGACCGACUUUCUAUCGCAACAACAGAGGUGCUGUGAGCGAACGUCGGAUCUUGCAAGGGGUGUUGACCGGGGAACUGUUUGGCAUGGUUGAAGCAGACAUUCAUACACCCGAACAGUGGAUCCCCGGACAGAACCCCCACGGUACUCGUCUCUCCCCUCGAGAGUAUUUCGAGGAAAUGACUCCCUUGUUCUGUAACGCAGAUGUUCCGUUCGAGGUGGUGGGGGAACAUAUGCAAGACUAUAUACGGGAGAACGACCUAAGCACAAAACCGCGGCGCAUGCUCGUCGGCGGUGUGAAGGCGCGUAAAAUGAUGAUCGCCACACCUUUGUUGAGAUGGUAUCUCGAACACGGUCUGGUGGUCGAUCGCGUGUAUCAGGUCGUAGAGUACACUCCGAAACCGUGCUUCCAACGGUUUGUCAGUGAUGUGUGCUCGGCGAGACGAGAAGCCGACAGCGACCCUAGCAAAUCUAUUCGCGGUGAUACGGCAAAACUGACCGGUAAUUCUGCUUACGGUUCAGUGUUGAUCAACAAAGAGAAGCACCAAACCGUAUCGUACGUGAGUGGUCAGACGGCGGCGAGUGAUCAAGUGAACAUACCCCAGUUUCGCAAAUUGACGGAACUGGGAGAUGAGUACUUUGAGGUGGAGAAAGCCAAGAAAUUACUCCGCCUCGAUACUCCGGUGCAGCUGGGAUAUUUCAUCUUGCAGUACGCUAAGUUGCGCAUGCUUCAAUUCUACUACGAUUUCAUGGAUGUGUACGUAGAUCGUAGUGAUUUUGAAUACUGCGAAAUGGAUACGGAUUCGGCUUACAUGGCGCUCAGUGCGCCGUGUUUAGCAGAGGUGAUCCGUCCCCACAUGAAGCCAGAGUAUGAUCACCAAUUACAGGGACUAUGCGGGACGCUAGAGGGCGUCGCCAUGCGUUGGUUUCCACGCACGUGCUGUUCCACGCACGCCCUUCACGAUAAACGUACGCCGGGUUUAUUCAAACUCGAGUACGAAGGAGAGGAAAUGAUUGGGCUCUGCAGUAAGACUUACGCCGUAUCCCAAUCCACUCUCGAGCGCAUUCCGCGUCCCUUGUCGAGUUCGACGGUACAGACAGCGCAACGCCUCCUCCGUCGAGCCCGCCGCCAACGUUGCCAUAAAUCUAACAACAGCCGCCGUUCGAAUCCUCCCUUGAUCGGCAAAAUCCUGCGCAAGGUGAAAUUCUCUUCGAAAGGCAUUUCCAAACGCACAUUGAAAAACCCUCUAAUUGCGUUUCGGCAGGUCUUGCGCACGAGAGUUCCUGGGGAAGGUUCGAACCGCGGAUUUAGGUUAAAAGGCAACACCAUGUGCACGUAUUACCAGCGUAGACAGGGGUUGACCUAUCUCUACUGCAAACGCAGAGUUUUAGCCGACGGCGUUCACACCGCUCCCUUAGACCUAGAGCUUUGCCCCUGGCCACGUAGUGACGACAGGUUGGAUGACACCGACACCUUUUUGGCCGAACUUUUAGAAAAUUUAGCAGAAAAUUAAACAAACAAAAAUAAGUCCCAAGCACGUUCCCUCAACUCCAGUAGUGUACAUAUUAUAGUUAUUUAUUUAUUUAUUAUUAUGAUUAGAAGCAUAUUGUGAUAAACAAAAGUAUUUCUAUCAAAAGUAUUCUCUUCGCUACCUGUGAUAUUUUGGUUUCUCAAAUGUAUUUACAUGAAUAAAUCUAUGUUAUUUUGGA